CGUCGCAGCCAUCAUUUCCAAAGUGACCGUCGUUCUAAAUUGAAAGGGGAGAGAGACGCUCAAGUCUUCUCCGUUGGAAGUUAGUUUUUUGUUUCGACCUCGUGGCAGUGAAAAAAGAGAUUGGUGUCAAUGUUAUUGGUUCGAUCAGACUCGGCGCUUAAGUUCGUUCCAUCUGUAAGGCUGAUCAACAACCUGAGCCUACGCAAGGGCAGCCGUACAGGAAACUCGGGCAACCCGCUAGAAUUCCAAGUACUCACCCAGAUCCAGUACGUGCCCUGAGGAGGAACGAACUGCGUCAACCCGCCCACGGAACUCUCACACUUUUAAAUCCCACCCAAACCGCAUCAACACUCUCGAUACCAAAAUGGUGCAGGACAAGUCCCAGCAGAACAAGCACUCGUCGUCUGCGUACAACAAGCCCGACAGCAAGGCACCUUUCGGCAACGCUCAAAAGAUGAAAUCUGGAACGACGACGGGUUCGUCCACAUUCGGCAAAAAGGAGGAUUCUCACGGCAAGGCGAACGCAGCCUGGGGAUCCACGUUCAAAAGUCGCGACCAUUUCGUUAACAUGCAUUUUUCGUAACUAGGAACUGUUUAAAAUGUUGUUAAAGGCUUUCGGACAUGUUUCGUUUGCACUGGCUGGGUUGGGGAGAAUUUCCUAACCAUAAUUGCCCCAAUUGCAGCGGUGUGAACGAUUCGCAAAAAGAUUAAUUUUGUUAAAACAAGUAAAACUAACUUAUUUGCUUACAAA